AUGCUGGCUGCUACUACUGCUAAACCCCCAAAACAUCCAUUCAUCCAUCCUCCACCUCUGCCCUCGCAAUUGUCCCUUGUUGCUUCGCGACUUCUCCCCGGGGACGGGCUCCACCUGCUAAUUACUCCUCUUCUUACUUCUUUUUUCUUGUCGCUUCUUCCCUUCUUGGAAGGAUAAUGAGGGCGCCGUAGUGCUUAAUCCACCGCUUGCACAACGUCCGAACCGUCAUACUGAAACCCGCCCUUAUUCAAAGCCACCAUUGAGCGAUCCCAUUCCCCCCCCCCCCACCAACUAUCACCACCAACGCCUACCACGGGGUUUCCCUCUUUGUUCGUCUAAAGUCUGCUCAACAGAUAAUCUCCUUGCUGCUGCGGCAAUUCCUGCAGCACGUCAGCCAUCAUGAGUUACGUUAAGAAAGAUGAGGACGCCGACCAGACCAUGAUCAAGUUGGAUCGGACCUCCGUAUUUCAGGAUGCCCGCCUGUUCAACUCCUCUCCGAUCUCUCCUCGAACAUGCCGCACUCUCCUGACCAAGAUCGCGGUUCUCCUGUUCACGGGGGAACAAUUCCCUACGAAUGAGGCUACCACUCUUUUCUUCGGUAUCUCGAAGCUGUUCCAGAACAAGGAUCCCUCUCUCCGGCAAAUGGUCUACCUGAUCUUGAAGGAAUUGGCAAACACCGCCGAGGAUGUGAUCAUGUCCACCAGUAUCAUCAUGAAGGACACUGCUGUCGGCAGUGAUGUUCUUUACCGGGCCAAUGCCAUUCGUGCCUUGUGCCGCAUCAUUGAUGCCACCACCGUGCAAGGGAUCGAGCGUUUGAUCAAGACCGCCAUUGUUGACAAGACCCCCUCGGUUUCCUCCGCCGCCUUGGUUUCGUCCUAUCAUCUACUCCCGAUCGCGCGUGAUGUCGUCCGCAGAUGGCAGAGUGAGACUCAGGAGGCCGCAUCUGGCGGCAAGCAGUCGACUGGAUUCCUUGGGUUCGGCGGCAGCUCCCAGUCACACGCCAUCUCGCAAUCCAACUUCAUGACCCAGUAUCAUGCGAUUGGACUUUUGUAUCAGAUGCGCUCUCACGACCGUAUGGCGCUCGUCAAGAUGGUGCAGCAGUACGGUGCGGCUGGUGUGGUCAAGAGCCCUGCGGCGCUUGUUCUUCUGGUGCGGUUGGCGGCCAAGUUGGCGGAGGAGGACCCUGGCUUGCGGAAGCCCAUGAUGCAGAUGCUUGAUGGCUGGCUCCGGCACAAGCACGAGAUGGUGAACUUUGAAGCCGCCAAGGCCAUUUGCGACAUGCGUGAUGUUUCCGACGCGGAAGCUUCCCAGGCCGUACACGUCCUGCAGCUGUUCCUCUCCUCGCCCCGCGCAAUCACCAAGUUCGCGGCCAUCCGUAUCCUCCACAACUUCGCAUCCUUCAAGCCCCACGUGGUCAACGUCUGCAAUCCCGACAUCGAGUCCCUGAUCUCGAACUCGAACCGCUCCAUUGCUACUUUUGCCAUCACUACUCUUUUGAAGACGGGUAAUGAGGCUAGCGUCGAUCGUCUCAUGAAACAAAUCUCCGGGUUCAUGGCUGAUAUCACCGAUGAAUUCAAGAUCACUAUCGUGGAGGCGAUCCGCACACUCUGCUUGAAGUUCCCUAACAAGCAGGCCGGUAUGCUGUCCUUCCUGAGCGGUAUUUUGAGGGAUGAGGGUGGUUACGAGUUCAAGCGCAGUGUUGUGGAGAGCAUGUUCGAUCUUAUUAAGUUCGUCCCUGAGAGCAAGGAGGAUGCUCUUGCGCAUCUGUGUGAGUUCAUUGAGGACUGUGAAUUUACCAAGCUCUCCGUCAGAAUCCUGCACCUGAUCGGUGUCGAGGGUCCUAAGACGUCGCACCCUACCAAGUACAUUCGUUAUAUCUACAACCGUGUCGUUUUGGAGAAUGCCAUCGUCCGGGCUGCUGCUGUGACUGCUCUGGCCAAGUUUGGCGUUGGCCAGAAGGAUCCUGAAGUCAAAUCGAGUGUUUCCGUUCUUCUCACCCGCUGUCUGGAUGAUGUCGAUGACGAAGUGCGUGACCGCGCCGCUCUUAACUUGCGUCUGAUGAAUGAAGAAGAUGAGAAGGCUUCCCAAUUCAUCAGCAAUGAAUCGAUGUACUCCCUGUCGACGUUUGAGCAUCAACUCGUGAUGUAUGUGACGUCUACCGACAAGCAAACCUUUGCUGCAGCCUUUGACGUCUCCACGAUUCCGAUUGUGACACAGGAGCAGGCAUUGGCGGAAGAGCGGACCAAGAAGCUCACCAGUGCUACUCCCACGCUCAAGGCGCCGACCACUGGGCCUCCGAAAAGCAAGGCCAACGGCGUGGCGGAGGCUGCUACCGUGGCUGUCACGCAGAAAUACGCAGAGCAGCUCAUGCAAAUCCCCGAACUCAAGGAAUACGGCACGUUGCUUAAGUCCUCUGCUCCUGUUGAACUGACGGAAAGCGAGACUGAAUACGUCGUCACCGCCGUCAAGCAUGUUUUCAAGGAGCACAUUGUUCUGCAGUACGAUAUCAAGAACACUCUCCCCGACACUGUUUUGGAGGAUGUGACCGUGGUCACAGUUCCAGAAGAGGAGGACAUUUUGGAAGAGGAGUUUAUUGUUCCUGCCCCCAAGCUCGCUACCAACGAGCCUGGUAUCGUCUAUGUCACGUUCAAGAAGCUUGCUGGCGAGCACAGUGUUCCGGUGACUUCAUUCACCAACACCCUCAAGUUCACUAGCAAGGAGAUCGACCCCACUACUGGUGAGCCAGAGGAUUCCGGAUACGAGGACGAAUAUCAGGUCGAGGACUUGGACCUUACUGGCAGCGACUAUGUCAUUCCUACUUUCGCGGGCAGCUUCGACCACGUAUGGGAGCAGACGGGUGCCAACGGGGAGGAAAUCAGUGAGACUCUUCAGCUCAGCAACAUGAAGGGUAUUGCUGAUGCUACGGAACAGCUGAUCUCGACACUCUCGUUGCAGCCUUUGGAGGGCAGCGAUGUAGCACUCAGCAACAGCACGCAUACCCUGAAGCUGUUCGGCAAGACCGUGACCGGAGGCCGGGUGGCUGCAUUGAUCAAGAUGGCUUUCUCCAGCAAGACUGGCGUGACGACCAAGAUCACCGUUCGGGCAGAGGAGGAGGGCGUUGCCCCUGCUGUGAUUGCGUCCGUUACUUAGAUGCCUUGUGGAACCGAUCGUGUGUGUAAAUGUUUUUGUAAUGGAGGCAUGUUUCUGAAAAGGCGCGCAUUCAAUUGGCGACGAGUCCUGCAUUAUGAGAUCUUGAGGUUCUUUUUUUUUUGUUUCUCAUUCCCUUUACACUUUCAAUUUUUCUCCAAACGUUUGUUAUUUCUCCUCAAACAUUCUACUUAUUUUUCCUAACCGACACCUCAAUUCGUCGUCUUCUUCCAAUUUUGGUGUCGAGACUUAGAUGCAUUGUCGAGUAGGUAGGCGUACUGAGUGCGUCAAAAAUCUGGACUGGACACUAUUCUUGAUUCAUGUUGUUCCUCUUCUCCGACCACCAUUUGGUCGACCUUUCUAUCAUUUUCUACUAGUUCGAGGCCUGGGUUUCUUACUUGCCAAAUUGGGACAGUUUGCUUAUGAAAUCCUGAUGUGUCAGGUCGAUAGUG